ACCAUUCUCUCCAAUAACCCAAACAACAAACAAGAAGAAGAACAAAAAAAAAGAUGACUUAUUUCAGGCCUUUGUUCUUGUUUCUUCUUACAUUUUUUGUCCUUUCAUCUGCUCUUGACAUGUCCAUCAUCAGUUACGAUGAAAAGCAUGCAGAUUUAGGGGCAACAAAUCAUCGUACAGACGAUGAAGUUAAGGGAUUGUAUGAAUCUUGGAUUGUUAAGCAUGGAAAGAAUUACAAUGCCAUAGGAGAAAAGGAAAAAAGAUUUGAAAUUUUUAAAGAUAAUUUAAGAUUCAUCGACGAGCAAAACGCUGAGACCAGACCGUAUAAACUUGGGUUGAAUCGAUUUUCUGAUCUUACCAACGAUGAGUACCGUGCCCUGUUUGUAGGUGGACGGUUCGAUAAAAAGACGAGGCUUUUGAAGAACCCUAAAAGCGAACGUUACGCUUUUAAGGCCGGCGAAAAGUUGCCGGAAUCCGUUGAUUGGAGACAGAAAGGCGCUGUUGCCCCUGUUAAAGACCAAGGCCAAUGUGGGAGUUGCUGGGCAUUCUCUACGGUUGGUGCUGUUGAAGGAAUAAAUCAAAUUGUAACCGGUGAAUUAAUUUCCCUCUCUGAACAAGAGCUUGUUGAUUGUGACAAGAGCUAUAACCAGGGUUGUAAUGGCGGUCUCAUGGACUACGCCUUCGAAUUCAUUAAAAACAAUGGCGGCAUUGACACUGAGGCUGACUACCCUUACCGUGCUAAAGAUGGUACUUGUGAUUCAAACAGGAAAAAUGCUCGGGUUGUCUCCAUCGACGGAUAUGAAGAUGUUCCCAUAAAUGAUGAGAAAUCAUUGAUGAAGGCAUUGUCAAAUCAACCAGUUAGUGUUGCUAUUGAAGCUGGUGGCAGAGCUUUCCAGCACUACUCUUCGGGUGUUUUCACUGGAUACUGCGGUACACAACUAGACCAUGGUGUAGUUGCAAUUGGCUAUGGAACAGAUAAUGGUUCAGAUUACUGGAUUGUGAGGAAUUCAUGGGGUCCUAACUGGGGAGAAAGUGGAUACAUUAGGCUCGAGCGAAAUUUAGCUAAUAGCACUAGUGGAAAGUGUGGAAUUGCAAUGGAGCCCUCUUACCCUCUUAAGAAUGGGGCAAAUCCUCCUAAUCCCGGUCCAUCUCCUCCUAGUCCUGUAGCACCAUCAACCGUUUGCGAUGAGUACUAUAGCUGCACCGCGGGCACUACUUGCUGCUGCAUUUAUAAGUAUGGCGACUACUGUUUUGGCUGGGGAUGUUGUCCUUAUGAGUCUGCUACCUGCUGUGAUGACAACAACAGCUGCUGUCCACAUGAUUAUCCUGUCUGUGAUGUUAAUUCAGGCACUUGUCAAAUGAGCAAGGAUAGUCCAUUGAGUGUAAAAGCAUUGAAGAGAGGUCCUGCUACUGCUAGAGUAAACUGGUCAGGGAUGAAAUCUAACAGGAAAGUGAGUUAUGAUUGAGUAAUUUAGCAACUGCAGGUGAAAAGGGCAAAAGGAUCAUCAUGUUUAGAAGAGCUGUUCAAUCUGUGGCCAAUGGGCUGUUUCUGUUGUUGAUUGGUUUAGUUAGUAUUGUUCCUUUUUUUAUUAUUUGAGACAACUUUUACCCAGUGUAAAUAUUCAUCUUUUAAAUUCUUAAUGAAAAUUCUAAGUACCAUAAUGUUCUAUUGCA